AUGGAGCACGCGCGUCCUCCAGCGGAAUUGUCGCUUGAUGGUGGUCCGGCUGCACGCUCGGAAGCGUGGCGAAAAUGGCGGAAAAUGUUCGAGAUUUUUCUGAAGGCUUCUGGAGUUAGUAAGGAACCUAAGGAAGUUCAGGCAAUGUUACGAGAUAGAGUUGUAUGUGGUAUCAUCGACAACACUGUAAGAGACAGGCUUCUUCGUACGGACGACUUGACUUUAAACAAGGCGAUACAUAUAUGUCAGGCGGCAGAGAUGUCUAAAGAAGAAAGUUUAUGUAUAGACAGGACACCGGAAGUUGUUCAAGUGAACGCGGUUCACGAUAAGAGUGUUGCCCGAGGCGCUCGACCCGCACGGGGUUCGUUCCGGUCGAACGGAAGGCGACAGCGUGGCGGCGGCCGUGGCCGCGGCGCAGCGAGCUACCAGCAGCAGGAGCAGCAGCGGGAGGCGCGCGGCGUGUGCCCCGCGUGCGGCGGCCGGUGCCCCGGCGGCGAGCACUGCGCCGCGCUGUAUGCAUCGUGUUAUGUAUGUGAUAAAAAAGGACAUUUCGCGCGAGUGUGUGUACAAAAGAAAGCGAUGCGCAAAGUAUUAAAUCUCAGUGUAGAAUCGGCGAGUGACAAUAGUGACGAGGAAAUGGUUUUUGUGGAUACUAUUGAGGAGGGCAGAAAACUGAGUUUAGGUAAAUUACCAGGGAAAUAUAGUAUUAUAGUAGAUAAAACCAUACAGCCCGUUGUCUGUCCUACUAGAAAAAUUCCUUUGGGACUUAAGGACAAAUUACGUCAGGAAUUACAUAGAAUGGAAGGGUUAGGUGUAAUCAGAAAGGUGACAUACCCUACUGAAUGGGUUAAUGCAAUCGUUCCCGUAGCAAAAAAAGAUGGCAGCAUUCGUGUUUGCUUGGAUCCUCGACCUCUUAACCGCGCAGUCCGGCGUGCGCAUUAUACUUUGCCGACGGUGCCCGAGUUGGCAGCGCGAUUACGUGGUGCUCAGGUGUUCAGUGUUUUAGAUGCACGGUGUGGUUUCUGGAUGGUGGAAAUUGAUGAGGCCAGUGCUGACCUUUGUACGUUUGGCACGCCGUUUGGACGGUACCAGUUUUUACGUUUACCCUACGGCAUUAAUUGUGCACCCGAGGUGUUUCACGCUAAGAUUAGGCAACAUCUAGAAGAUUUAGAGGGAGUCGAGUCUUUCAUUGAUGAUGUUAUUGUAUGGGGCCGCAAUAAAGAGGAACACGAUUGUAGGCUUAAAUGUCUUUUGCUACGUGCCAGGAAUGUUGGUAUAAAAUUUAAUCGUCAAAAAUGUCAAUUUGGAGUGUCUGAAAUUACAUAUUUAGGACAUAAGUUUGAUGCAAACGGUAUGCGAGCAGAUUCCGCAAAAGUUAAAGCAAUAAUGGAGAUGCCUUAUCCUAAUGAUAAAAAGGCACUAGAGCGAUUCUUAGGAAUGAUAAAUUAUUUAGCAAAAUUUAUUCAAAAUUAUUCGGAAUGUGUAAAUGUGUUAAGGUUAUUACUUAAAAAGGAUUCCGAGUGGUUGUGGGAGGCUCAGCACACUGAGGCUGUGGAUAAACUGAAAGCAAAGCUAGCGAGUGCGCCAGUGUUGGCGUUGUACUGUGAGCGCACCCCCGUAGUAGUGUCGGUUGAUGCGUCCAGUGUAGCAUUGGGCGCUGUGCUACUGCAAGAUGGUCGUCCAGUAGAAUUUGCAUCGCUCACUUUAACCGACACUCAGACCAGGUAUGCGCAGAUAGAAAAGGAAAUGCUAGCUAUCGUGUUUGCAGCCGAACGUUUCAGGCAGUAUAUCUACGGUAGAUCAGAUGUCACCGUUCAUACGGAUCACAAGCCGUUAGAAACUUUAUUUAAUAAACCAUUAGUUUCUGUUCCGGCGCGCUUGCAGAGGAUGAUGAUGAGAGUUCAAGGCUAUGAUUUUAAGGUAGUAUAUACACCGGGAAAGUAUAUAUAUAUAGCCGAUACACUUUCGCGGGCACCUUUAAAAGAUCUAAUGCAUGAUCGUGUUACUGAUGAAAUUGAAAUUCAAACAUGUUUCGUGUUACAACAUGUACCUUUCAGCGAAGAAAAAAUGAAGAUUAUUAGGGGUGAAACGAAGAUUGAUAAUGACUGCAGACGACUGAUGAAUUAUAUUACUAACGGUUGGCCUAAGAAUAGACGUGACGUCCAUGAGAAUAUAAUUGGUUUUUGGCCUUAUCGCGAACAACUUCAUUGUAUGGAUUAUAUGAUUUUCAAGGGUGACUGUAUAUUUAUUCCGCGCGCUUUAAGAGACAAUAUGGUAUCGCAAGUGCACGAGGGACAUUUAGGCAUAGAGAGGUGUAAGCGGCGUGCUCGCGAGGUGAUGUUCUGGCCGGGCAUGAGCGAGGACGUGGAGCGCGCGGUGCGGGGCUGCGCGGCGUGCGCGCUGCACGCGCCUCGUCCUCGGCGCCAGCCGCUGCUGCAGCAUACUGUUCCGGCAUUGCCUUGGCGGAAGUUGGCUUCCGAUAUUUUUGAAUACAAAAGGAAAAAUACAUUAUUUUAG